AUGGUAGGUAUUGGUGAUCUUAGUCGAGGUUUCAUUCAAGAAAUAUGCGAAACAAAUAAUGGAGAAGAGAAACCGGUAGUCCAAAUUUUGGAAGCGAGACCAUUGGUUAACAGUCAAACGGAACCUGCUUCAGAAGCCCAAUAUUUUCGGUUUCGAAUAUCGGAUGGAAUGUUCAGUUAUAAUUCCUGCCUUAAUCAAGCGGAUAUAACGGAAAGAAUUAAAAAAGAUGCCCUCGAUCAGGGCAAUCCAGUAUUACGCAUAAAGUAUACGAUAAAAACAGCUCAAAAACCAUUGUUGAGAAUUAUGGAUUAUGAAAUUUUGGGACGCGACUUACCGGUUUUUGGGAAUCCAGUGCAUCAUUCUGGGAAUCCCAGCGACUAUCGCGGAUUAAAUCCAAAUGCCAAUGUGCAUAAUACUCGUCCUCAACUUCAAUCUCCCCAAAAGGGUGGCGCAAGCGUGGGACAGAAUGUCCCUGCUCGUUAUAUUGGUUCAUCAUCACGCCGACUGGCCAAUUUGGUAGGACAGAACUUGACGCCGAUUAAAUUAAUUACUCCCUACGUCAAUAAAUGGCGGAUUUGUGGUGUAGUGACUGCAAAGGAAGAUCUACGAAAUAUUAGAACAGCUCGGAGGGAUAUGAAAGUGUUCAAUUUUGAAUUAACAGAUGAAGAGGGCGGCUGCAUACGUAUUGCCGCGUUUGAUGAUGUUGCUGAAAAAUUCUAUUCAAUCGUCCAAAAGGGAUCGAUGUUCUAUGUGUCCGGUGGUAUUGUCAAACAGGCAAAUAAACGUUUUAAUACGACUGGACAUGAUUACGAAAUCACAAUAAGAAACGACUCUGAGGUACUCCCUUGUUUGGAUCGUGAAAAAAUUGAACAACCGAAGCUUUCACUUAGUAUUGUUCGUCUUUGCAAUGUAGCUAAUCACAUCGGCGAACCGAUCGAUAUCAUUGCCAUAGCAGAAAGGGUCAAUGAUAUCAUGCAAGUUACAGCACGAAAUACAGGAGCCCAACUGGAAAAACGGGAUGUAAUACUGAUUGAUACAUCGGAGACGGAAAUUACAUUGACAUUUUGGGGUGAACAAGCUCGAGCAUAUGAUAAAGAAAUUGAGGGUCAGACGAUUGGUAUAAAAGGAGCAUUUGUUAAAGAAUUUAACGGAAGUUUAAGUUUGAGUACUGGAAAUUCCAGUCGAAUAGAGCUGAAUAUGGAAUGUGCUGAAACAGCAAAUCUCUAUAAAUGGUAUCGAGAAACAAGACCCGCAGUGCAGGCACGUAAUUUGACAACAACCGGUCUCACAUCAGACAGCUAUGCACGAGACCUUCGAAUUAUUCGCUUAUCUGAACUUGGUGCACUGGGACGAGAUUCGGAGAAGGGCACAUUCUUCAACGUCACAGCCAUGAUUUCAUCGUUGAAAGCUGAUGGCGCUCUUUACAAGAGCUGUGGUACGAAUGGAUGCAAAAAGAAAGUAAUUGAACUCAAUAAUCAAUAUCGAUGUGAAAAAUGUGACGUCACCCUUGAUAAGUACAAAUAUGUCCUUCUCAUGACGGUGGAAAUAUCGGAUUUUUCGGGAUCUCACUGGGUAACGGUAUUUGAAGAUAAGGCUGUCAAGCUUUUGAAAAAUGAUGCAGAGCAGCUUGGGCAAUUACUCGAUAAUGAUCUGCUUGAUGAAUAUAAUGAAGUGUUCAAUACAGUUCGCUUUCGUGAAUAUACAUUCCGCAUUCGAGCUAAAUCGGAAUUUUAUAAUAAUGAAGAGAAGAUCAAAUGGAGUGUUUUUGAUAUUAACGAGGUCAAUCAGGAUAAAUAUAUUGAUGAACUUACGAAAGCAGUAAACAAAUUGGAGGAAAUAUAG